AUGAUUCUCACGGCCGCUGCUGGGCAUCUCUGGUGCGGACAGCCAGACCUUGCCUCAUCCGACCAGCCUCCGUGCGGGGGAGAGGGCUGGGAUCCUCCUCUCGAGGCCAGGACCCAUGAGGUUGUGCCAGAUAUGGAGAUUGGCACCGACUUCCUUCGCCUCUCCCGAGAGAUUAUGCACCCCCGACCCCAGCAAUCGACGGCCGCUGGCCAUCUUGAGGCUUGCCCUCAUACCCCCGUAGGUGUUGUGGGUUUUCCUCCAGUUUGCCUGCAGGACAGCAUGUUCAUCCAGCAUGCUCGGUGA